GUGUAGAGAUGUAGAAGACUACGUACUGGAGUGAGUAUCCUAAGGAAUCUAUCAGAUGCCAUACAAAAUGAGAAUAUGUUGUGGAUAAAUUCAGAGGGAUUGGUCACAAAGUUGUGAGUCUGUCUACAAUAAUACAAUCCCUGAGUGAUGACCAACUACGUCAGGACCGCAGAGGGAGGGAAUGGACAUUGGCAAAGGGGGGCACAAAGUGGGAUAGAGACACCGGUCCAAUGGUCCAUCAUCAAGUUGUAUGAGCAAAUACAAAACAAACCAACCACAGUAGGCCAUGACCCAUGAAUGAUUUAUGUGAAGUCGGGCAAGUUUGUUUGGCCGAUUAAUGACAUUCCCUAAUAUUGACUUCAAUCCUAUAAUCCACAUUUAGAUUUGAUUCUUGUUAAGAACACAGCUUUCCAUCAUGUUUAAACUGUCACAGUGGUGCUCCUGCCCUUUAUAUUCCCUGCCAAGUGAGUUUUAGUUGCAUUGCACCCUUUUUCUUCUCUCUCUCUCCAACUGAUAUUGAGAAUGGAAGGUGGAUUUCCAAUGCUCAACUGUCUUCUGCAGUACACGUUGAGGAGCUUGUGUUCAUACCCACCAUCAUCAGAUUCUAACUCAGCCAGCAGCUCCCCCAAAUGGGCUUAUGCUGUUUUCUGGAGAAUACUGCCUAGGAACUACCCUCCUCCCAAGUGGGAUUAUGAUGGAAUAGCUUUUGGUCGCUCCAAAGCAAACAAAAGGAACUGGAUCCUUGUCUGGGAAGAUGGGUUCUGCGAUUUCCUUGAAUGUGAUCAGAGGGUUGGAGGUGGGCGCAUGAAUGGUAAGUUUGGAGCUGAUGUCUUCUUCAAAUUGUCUCAUGAGGUCUACAGCUAUGGAGAAGGAUUAGUAGGGAAAGUUGCAGCAGAUAAGAGUCACAAAUGGGUGUUCUGUGAAUCAACCAAUGAGCUUGAUCCGAGUGUCCUCUCUUCAUACAGCUUGACCACUGAAACUCAACCCAGAGCAUGGGAAAGCCAGUUCAAUUCAGGCAUUCAGACAAUUGCCAUCAUUUCAGUCAGAGAAGGCAUCAUUCAGUUAGGCUCCUUUGAUAAGAUCAUGGAAGACCUCAAUAUAGUGACUAGCAUUCAAAGGAAGUUCAGUUAUCUCCACAGCAUACCAUUACCAGGGGCAUUACUUGCCAUACAAAGACCAACCUUACAUGAACUGGCUCUUCUUCCUGUGGCCGACGAUAAGCACAGCAAAAUGAUUGGAAUGAAGAGAGUGUUUGAUGAAAGAAUGGCUAAUGAUUUCCUCGCGAAGUCACAAAAUGGAGGAGCUCAAGAGCAAUGCACGUUCUCCAUACCGCCUCUCUUGCCCACCACCAUGUACACUUGCAGCUUUGGAGCUCUCCUGUCAAAGCUUCCUUCCCCAUAUAUCCAAACCACUGGAGAUGGAGCAGUUUUAAAUAGCUACAGCCAUAGCAAAACUAACAAGAAGGUCAAGUUCGAAGAUGAGGGUGAUCGAUGCUGCUGAUAUCCAGUAAACAUUGGCUUCUCCAGCCAUAUCUAAAUGAUGCAACCAGCUGUCUAGUAAGUGGGUGUGAGUGAGACUUUGUUGAAGUGUUUUUGUGUAUGGUUUUCUACUUACAUCUUGUUAAUAAACAAGUAGGCAAUCUAGUACUCUAGUUAUUAUGAGUAAUAUUUGUGAAACUGUGCAAUAAUAUCCCAUAUGGGAGAUAAAGCAGUUCAAUGUGAUGGUAUCUUUUUUCAUCCAUGGUGGUAGGGUUAACCAAAAUUGGUGGUCGUUUGCUCUAUCCUUCUCAUAUGCAAGGCUACAGUUGUGAAUCCUAGAAAAUAUCUAAAUGGAUCAAUCGAACAGGACAGAACAAUGAAUAAUUGAGUUCUAU